AAGUGCUAAGGGUAAAAUCUCUUUAAGCACCCUAGUUGGGAUGGAACUUGUUAUGAACUCCUAAAACUGCUUGAUAACAAGCAAAUCAUUUAAAGCAGCUGUGUUGGAGCAGGGAGAGAUCUAAAACACGCAGGACAUUCUCCAGGAGAGGUUUGGGAAACGCUGCCAUAGAAAAUGAAUGUGGUCGAACUUCACUUUGCAUCAGCUGGUUCUGAAGGCAUAUCACAUUCACUUGGCCCUGAAAAAGGAUGUGAUGUCACUUUUCUGAUGCGGGUAAUAAAUUAACAUUGAUCAGCGCGAUCACAUACUGUUAACAGUUUUAGAGAGAGAUGCUACAAUUAAUAGUCUGGUAGUGUGAUAAUGUACUAAAUAUUGUAAUAAAACACUCUAGAAUAAUAACUUUUUCCAAACACAACUCAUCACUGUAUCUAUUGGGGAGCACAUCAGCUCGGUCAAAGUUAAACUCAGACUCGCAAAUCCGCCGGAGCCAGCUGGAGAUCGCAGCGAAAAGCACACUUAAAUUUGCCCGUCGUUCGGGCCUCAAUGGAAAUGAAUGUGAAACAGGGUGAACAUGUAAAUGUAAAUGCCUUUACCUGAAGAAAAACAGUCCGAGUCCGAGUCCUCACUGCUGGAAUGAAUUAAUGUAAAGCAUGUUUAUUCAACUACAUUUAUUGUUUUUAGAAUUAGUUUAUGGUAUCAUCCGUUCAUUUAAUUAUUCCAUUCAAUCGGGCAAAUUAAAAACGAAAAAACUAAUCAAUAUUUCGUUUUUCUGUAUGCACCAAAAAUUUAAAACAGAUGUUUGUUUUCCUGUUUUCAGCUCAAAACUACUACUAGCUGGCAAGAAACAUUGUCAAUGCAAGACUGUUACUUGUCACAGAGUAUUUUUUACAUUGUGGUUCUUGCUAGUUUUACUCUGAAUAGCUACUUCCUCCAAAACUGCCCGUGCCUGUACAUGCAAGAGAGGCUGUCAGAAUAUAAAAACAACCGGCAAAAGGAGCCAUACCUCCAAACUCAGUCAACAAGGGUAAUUUUAACCAUCUGCAAGUCAUCAGCCUACAUAACACCAGUGGUGAAAACCCCAGCCGCUCCCUCCUGCCCUCCUAUAACCCCGUUCCCGUCAGUUUCACCACCUGACCUGCUCCACCAGGGGCAGCUCUGGGCACCGGCCAUGUAGGCGGUCGCCUAGAGCGCCACCUUCUGGUGGGCGCUGGUCGCUGGCGGAAAAAGGAAAGGUGUUAAAUCAGCGGCUGCUGCAGAGAAGAAGCUGCUAGAUUGAGCAGCACUUUGCAUAAAUUGGAGAUAUUUACAGAUGGUUCAAAAGACCCUGAGACUGGACGUACAGGAGCUGCAGUUUUCAUACUACAAUGUGAGAAUUUCAAGGACCAGGGAUUCAAAGAUGGGAAGAAGGAAAAAAAGGAGUUGAAGACAAACUUGUGCUGUCAUCUGUGAGCUUCUUCACAAACAUCUGAUACUGCUACAGGAGCAGGACAUGAGAACAGUCCGGGUUGCCGAUGCAGUGUAUGCUCACAGAGACUGGGAAGAGAUCAUUGACAGGUUUCCACAUUUGUGGAUGAAGAAGCACUGUGGCAAUCUAAAACUGAGUGCUAAUUACGCACUAAUUUUGGCUUGGCAUGUUUGGAUAUGACAAAGUGUAAAGCUGUUGGAGAAGAAGAACAACACAGCAGAAGGCCAGAGAAACACACAAAGUAACAGAGGAGUUCCAGAAGACGAACUGAAGAGAGGAAAACUGUGUGAAAGAAGCAGAGGAGGGAGUGGAGAGACACAUACUGAAGGAAAGAGAGAAGCACUAGAGAUAUUCAGAGACGGAUUGAAGGAUAGUCACAUAAAGGAGAGAGAAGAAAGAAGAAGAACGUGGCCAAGCAUGAGAGAGGAGGAACAGUCUAAUGAUGACCAUCCUGAGGGACGGGUGGUUUCCAGCGAGGAAAACACGGGAAGACCACCUUCUAAUGCCUGUCCUGUCGUCGUAGCAACACCGGGGGUCACCGGGCGUAAACGGCCGAUGGGCACACAUCACGUUACCACAGUUACUCCCACCACACCAGCAGACGAAGGCAAGGUCAAGCCAAGGGACGACAUCCAGAUCUACACCCUGACUGGAUCCAAAAGACUCAAGAGGAGCCCUCAACAUCGACCUCCUUCCUCAGACCCGUCCCUUUCUCCUGUCCCCGGUCCUAGUCCCGGAGGUCUCUCAGCCCUUGAGGACCCACACGGCCAGAGGGUGAUUGCCAACAUACGGGAGCGCCAGCGUACGCAAUCUUUGAAUGAAGCCUUCGCCUCAUUGCGUAAGAUAAUCCCAACACUCCCCUCUGACAAACUGAGCAAGAUUCAGACCCUUAAGUUGGCAUCACGCUACAUUGACUUUCUGUACCAGGUUCUGCAGAGCGACGAGAUGGACACUAAGCUGGCUGGAUGUAACUACCUGGCCCACGAGAGACUGAGCUACGCCUUCUCUGUCUGGAGGAUGGAGGGGGCCUGGUCGACCAUGUCUGCUGGUCACUAGCCCUGCCUGAAAGCAAGAUUUGUCUUUUGACUGUUGCCCUAAAACAUAUGAUGAAUUUCUCAAUACAGGGAAAUAUUCUUACUUGACACAGAGGGCUGAGGAGAUAUCUGUGAAUGAACUGUGUCUGCUCACCAGUGGACUCACUAUUUAAGACCUCAUCAUAGAUCAUCUGUUUGCCUCAGUGAUGAUGGAAAGACUAUCUGACACUUGAUGAGAAGAGAUUCUCAUAGUUUUAUGUGAUCAUUUGGAGCUGACUUUUAAGCCACUACCCCUUCAUGAAAAUUGUAGUUUUCAUUGUUGUCAAGCUUCAUAUCAGAUGUGACUAUGGAUUCUUGUAAUUCUAUUGUUUUCUCUUGCCAAAAGCAGCUAUUACUCCUCAUGUGUGCCAGUGGUAGCAUGCAAGAAAUGUUUCACAACCAGAACUUUGUGCUCAGUGUAUGAUUCCUAGACAUUUGUACUCUGUCUACAUAGAUGACAAUGGAUGACAGGACAGCUGAGAGACAAAAACAGCCAGACAUCAUUCAACAUUCAUUCAAUUCAACAACCUGAUGGUUAAAGACGCGUUGUCCAAAAUGUUGCCUCCACAUGACAGCACGGCUCAUUCUGCUGGACAUCUCGGCUUUCUCCGGUUCUGGAGCUUCACCUCUGGUUUUAUCUUCAUCAUCACCCUUGAUUUUAUCACCAUAACUGCUAUCAGUAUCAUCAUCAUCAUCAUCAUUACUAUCGUCAUCAUCAUAGGUAUGCAUACUUUGAGCCACAUUUUAACUUUAUUUCAUAUUUUUAUUUAACUUUAUUUCUGCCUUGGGCUAGCAAGUGUAUAGUAUGAGUUUUGCAUUAUAUAUAAAGAGCAACAACUAGAGAAUGCAGGAGCGGGAUUAGAAGAAAAUCAGAACUGGAAAGACAAAAUUGGACGUUUCAAGACGUGGGACCUUUGACUUUUCCGUACCCUUUCAACUCCUACUUUUCCAAGACUCUUUAUUAUGAAUCCCUGACCACCUCUGAACUAAAGUGACGGUGGAAAAAGUAGCCGAGGGCAGCCGUCGUCCUGACUUAAGUUUCUCCUCUUUAUACUCAAAACCAAGUCCCUUUGUUUCUUCUAGUGCCAAAAAAACUCUCCUCUUGAAAUUCUUUCCUCUCAUUCUGGCCCAAAUUUGCUUGCGUUGCACGAAACCGUGAUGCAGGAGGCGUAAUGAAAACAAACGGUCUCUAAAAGCCAUGAAUCAUGUGUUUCACCAUCAAAGGGGAGGCUGAUGUGGCUCCCCGCUGGGCUUCCAUAAACCGCUGGAAGUGAUGGAGGAGGUGAGAGCUGAUUUAUACACACACAAAUGUGCACACAUGCAUAGGUGUAGCCGUGCGCACGCACACAUGCACAAAAACACACACACACCUCCCCCACGUCUUGAGUUUGGAAAAGAACCUGAGUGCCAUUUUCUUUAAGUCAACAUCCAAAAUUACCAAAUUAUAUACAUGCAACAACAAAACAAAAAGUCAGUUUUUGUAUUGUUAUACCACUAAUUUUGGUCUUACAUGAAAGAGAAGUAAGGCCAAGCAAAUGAACAUCACCUCCAAGGCUUAGCUUUAAUUUCAUACAAACAACCAAACUCCUUAGAGAUGGGAGUUUACAUGCUGUUUGUAUUCGAUACAUAUCCAUUAACCACUUCUUCCCUGCCAAUAUGCAUGAAGCCCAGCAACCUAUCAUUAGAAUGUCCCAGGGAGGUAGCUAAUGUUUCCAGCUCCUAUGAAGACUUAAGAAGUAUUUUACUGAGCCCCACAGUCAGCACAGUGUGGUCUCAGAAGGCUAACCUUCACUGACAUGUCAGAAGACACUUGACAUUUAAAAAGAAUUGAGGUAUGGGCCAAAAGAGAAAAGCCGCCCCUGUGCAUUUUGUGUUUAAAAUUAGAGUGGCUGGCCUUAAAAAUCAGGGAGAGGAAUUUUGAGUGCACAUUAAUUUCAUACAGCAUUUGUCCAAUUACUGACACAGUAUGACAGCUACUUAUUGGUAUCAGAACAGUGAUGAUAUGUGAAAAUUGGCAAAUUUGGCAGUGCCUCAUUGAUGUGCUUGUUAUUUGGGAGCAGUUAUUUGGAAUAACUUUAUUCAUAUGUCCAACAUCCAAUGAUGAAUACAUUAAAAUGUGUCCAAUGUGACCACUACAAACUCUUAAAUAAAUCUAAAUGGUUACCACAGUAACAUGUAUGCCUUUUUGUCUUUCCAGCUGCUGAAUAAAGGGACUGUGAUCUUCCCUGCACAUCCUUGCUCCAUGAUACCAUUUCUGCCAUUCUAAUCAUAUGGACUUUGAUGCGAAUCUCACUUUUGGAGAAAAGGACCAUUAAAGAAUAUUAAAAUGCAUCUUGAUCAGGAUGCAGGCGUGGAAAGAGUACAUUUAUCUGUACCAAAACAUUUAUCUGUAACUAAACCAACAAAGAGCUGUCAUUUUUGAGAAUAUAAUGAUACAGGUCAAAUUGGAGCAGUAUUUCUUUUCAGCUUUUUCAUUUCAUACUACUUUUCCCCUAGAUGUAUUCUAAGGAAACAGUUAGCAAAUUAAAGCAAGACUUCAGUCUCAGACAGUGUGUCUGUCUCCUGUACACCAGUUUACAGAGAGAGAGUGAGGCUUUGUUUUUUUAGGAGCAUUUACUUGAAGUAUAUACGGUAUGGUGCUGUACACAUGAGUAACAAUGAUACAGUAUGACUGAUUAUAAAUAUCACAAGCAGAAAAAUCCCUGGAGAAUUAGAUGUAGUGAUACAUAUACAGCACAUGUAUCAUUAUUUGUCUGACAAAUAAAACUGUCCUCAAACUA